UUUUCUUCUUCAUCUGCCUUUUCCUUUUUUUUUCUCCCCCUAGCAGCGGCACGCGCCUCACUUCCCGAUUAUGUGCAUUGAGCGAUGAGCGUUCAAGUCAGGCAGCGAGCAGGGUAAAGAGAAAGUAGAUGAGAGCUAAAAGGACUCAACGAGGAGGGAGAAGAGGAAGGUGAAGAGCAAACCCAAGGGGUUUGAUGAGGACAGAUGAAAAGGGAGAGUUUGUGAAGCGCUUGGAUUUUACGCAUGUAAGGUAUCUCCAUCUGAUAUAUUUUCCUACUGGCAAAGGACACAACUAAGGUGAUGAUUUCAUGACUGACUGACUCACCAGCACUAAGAAGAGGACUUGAGGAACACCAGGGUUUCACUUCAUACCUGGUGCUGCCUUCACUUACUCCUCUCUUAUUCCCAUUCAUACGCCUCAUUGUUCAGCUAUCCGCCUGUGCCCUGGCUCUCUCAUUUUCAUCUCCUACUCUUCUUUGGACUUUAAAAAAAGGACUGUUCCGGACUGCCCAAUGCUGAAGAGCAACAGUCUGCUGCUGUUCCUGUGCUUCCUGUUUGAGAAGAGCUCUCCGGCUCCUCUCCACUCUGUGCACCCAGCUCAGAACCAGAGCCGUCUGGGACUUAGUUGGCUCCACAGAUCCAUGUCUACAGCAGGAAACAGAGGAGCAAAUGGAAGCUUUCAGAGGGUUAAAAGGGGUUGGGUAUGGAACCAGUUCUUUGUCCUGGAGGAGUACAUGGGUUCUGACCCUCAGUAUGUGGGCAAGCUCCACACAGAUCUGGACAAAGGAGACAGUGAGGUGAAAUACACUCUCUCAGGAGAGGGGGCCGGCACCAUCUUCACUAUUGAUCAGACCACUGGAGACAUCCAUGCCUUACGCAGCCUGGACAGGGAAGAAAAGCCUUAUUACACACUUCGAGCACAAGCUGUGGACAUCAACACCAACCGGCCUCUGGAGCCUGAGUCUGAGUUCAUCAUCAAGGUUCAAGAUAUCAAUGACAAUGAGCCAAAGUUUCUGGAGGGCCCUUAUACAGCUAGCGUCCCUGAGAUGUCGCCUGUGGGAACGUACGUGACAAAGGUGACAGCAACAGAUGCAGACGAUCCCACUUAUGGCAACAGUGCAAAAGUGGUGUACAGCAUUCUGCACGGACAGCCAUACUUCUCCGUAGAGCCUGAAACAGGUGUUAUCAGAACUGCUCUACCUAAAAUGGAUCGUGAAGUAAAGGAGCUUUAUCAGGUUCUUAUCCAGGCCAAAGACAUGGGAGGCCAAUUAGGAGGUCUGGCAGGAACCGCAACUAUCAACAUCACCCUUAGUGACGUCAACGAUAACCCACCAAGAUUCUCCAAAAAUACAUUCCAUUUGCGUGUGCCUGAAUCUUCAGCGGUGGGCUCUGCUGUUGGACGAAUCAAAGCCCAUGACCUGGAUAUUGGCAAGAAUGCUGAGGUGGAGUAUAACAUUGUCCCUGGAGAUGGAGGAGCCAUGUUUGACAUCAUCACUAACGAACACAAUCAGGAAGGCAUUAUUAUUCUCAGACAGCCUCUGGACUACGAGACAAAAAAGGCCUAUACCUUUACAGUUGAGGCAUCAAAUGCACACUUGGACCCACGGUUUCACAGUUUUGGUCCAUUUAAAGACACAGCAACUGUCAAGAUUAAUGUUCUGGAUGUGGAUGAGCCUCCUGUUUUCAGUAAACCAUACUACACAAUGGAUGUUUAUGAGGACACACCAGCAGGCACUAUUAUUGGAGCAGUGACUGCUCAGGAUUUGGAUGCAGGAAACAGCUUGGUCAGGUAUUCUAUUGACUGGAAAAGCGACCUGGAUAGCUUCUUUGACAUCGACCCUGUAAUAGGAACCAUCUCCACUAAUGAGCUUCUGGACAGGGAGAGCAGAGUCCAACACAACAUUACUGUUGUGGCAACCAAAGUUAAUAACCCAGUCCUAACCAGCAAAGUCACAGUCACAAUUCAUGUGUUAGACGUCAAUGAGUUUUCUCCUGAGUUGGCUAUACCUUACGAGACAUACGUGUGUGAAGGUGCCAAAGUAGGACAGGUGAUUCAGAUCUUCAGCGCAAAAGAUGAAGACAUUCCAAUGACAGAACAUAAUUUCUCAUUCAAAUCACCACAGGAAGAGAUAAAAAUCAAGAACUUCACCAUCAAAGAUUUUGGAAACAACACUGCAGGCAUUGUAACCCUACGCAGUGGUUUUUGGCGGCGUGCUCAGGAGAUCUACCACCUUCCGGUAGUGAUUGAGGACAGCGGUUACCCAGUACAGAGCAGCACCGGCACCCUGACCAUCCGUGUGUGUGGCUGUGAUUCUGACGGCUCCCUGCUGACCUGCAGUGCAGAGGCCAUCUUUCUCCCUGUGGGUCUCAGCACCGGAGCACUGAUCGCUAUUCUGCUUUGCAUUGUCAUACUGCUAGUGAUCGUAGUGCUCUACAUGGGAGUCCGCCGGCAGAAGAAAAAGGAAACCCUUAUGACCUCCAAAGAAGACAUCCGAGACAAUGUUAUCCACUAUGAUGAUGAGGGUGGAGGCGAGGAGGACACACAUGCCUUUGACAUUAGCACUCUCCGAAACCCUAAAGCCAUCAAAGACAAUCUUUAUCGGAGGGACGUUAAACCAGAGGCUGCCUCUGUUCCUCAGCCGUUACCCGCCUCACAGGACAGUGAAGACCUUCAGAAGUUCAUCAGUCAGAGACUGCAGGCACAUGACGGCGAUAACUCUGCACCACCCUAUGAUUCACUGGCCACCUACGCAUAUGAAGGCGAGGGAUCGGUGGGCGAAAGUCUGAGUUCCAUAGAGUCAUUAAAUGGUGACACAGAAGAGGAUUAUGAUUACCUAAACGAGUGGGGACCUCGUUUCAAAACCCUUGCAGGGAUCUUUGGAGAACACGCGCAAAACCAGACUGACAUCACCUCCACAAGUACCACAGAAAACAAACACUGACGAUGAAUACAAAUGCUAAUUUGCAAGAUGUUUAUUUAUUUCACUACCUUAUAUUCAUUUAAUAUUACCAUUUUUGUUUAUUUUUUAAUGCUUUUUUUCACCCUUAAGGUAACAUUGUGAGCGCUGGUUUGUCUCCGUUCCCCAUGCAACAAAACUGACUAGGAUUCAAAAGACUAUUAUUUUUGCUCAUAUUUAUUUAUUUUUGCCUUGUUUUCAGUGCUUAAGGAAAGAAAAAACUCAAAAAAUGGAAUGAAAACAUCCGUAAAAAGUGCCUCAAUAGAUUUUUUUCCUUUGCUUUACCUCUGAUUUUCAUGCUCACACAAAACUACCCCUACACACUUCUUCCCACACAAACACAUGCCUUCCAGAAAAGCGAGACAGUGCUAAAGAUGUCAAGUGCUCUAGCUCCUCUUAAAUAAUGUUGAGACAAGCUUCACUAUGGAUUACAGGAGGCAAAUAUAUACAUGGCCCAAGUUUGGCCAAAGAUCAUUUAAGUGUUAUUUAUGAUUAUAUUUAUUUAUUUGUGAGGCUGUUUUUUUUUCUUUUAGAAUUUUUUAAUCUAUUUAUCUCUAUUUAUCACAAUCUUUUUUUUUUUCUUCUUCUUCUUCUUUUGAAUACACUGGGGGAUUUUUGUAAUUAUGUGCUCCUCACAUUAACAUGGAUGUUGAAGUGUUGUGAGGAAACUGUAAAGACUUGUACAUAAUGUUAAUUGUAAAAUCAGUUUAGGGCUAAACAUGAGCUACUAUAUUGAAUCAUGUAUCACAUUGUUUUCUUAA